AGAAGGAGAUUUGCCAGAGCAGAUCAGCACACGCUCUCAGACGGACGAGCAUGGGAAUGAUGGCAGGAAUUUGUAUCAAAUUUGGAACUCUUCUUUUUCUGAUUUCUUGCGUACAUGGUUACGCAUUUUACAGAACCAAAAUACCAAAUGGACAUAAAGUUCCUCAUCCUUGUAACCCAACGUCUGACAAGUGGGUAGCGGUGGGGCACAUGCUCCCCGGGGGUAGAGGACCAAGAAAUCCCUUUGGAGAGGACUUCGCCGCACAUGGUCAAGAAUGGACCAAGAAGUUGUGCUUUAUGGACUCUGACGGCGAUGGCAGACAUAACGGUAUAGAGUUGGGAGAUCCCUGGUGUCAGUGGACUCCUGAUAACAAAUAUUCUCUUCAACUGGCCACAUCACACCCAGGUAUUUGCGACCCAUUAGAAAGCCCAAAAUGUGAAGGUAAAAACGAUUGGCUGAAAUGUCCAGACUUCGCAAAGAGAUGCAACCACGCCAUCACUGAGAAAGGUGCACAUCGUUUGGAGAUUCGUCUCCCUCGUCUGCACGUGCCUGCUAAGGAACACAGCUACGUUUGUCUGGAGUACGAUCUCCCUGACAACGAAGAUUAUCACCUGACAGCAGGUCUACCAAUGAUCGACAACCACGUCACAAUGGGAGGCAUUAUGAUAUUUGCCUGUGAAUCGAGUACUUACACACCCGCUUCCAAACACCCGUAUGAAUGUGGCUUAAAGACUCGUGGAGAUUGCAGACAUCUGAUUGGUGGUUACUCAGAAGACAUUCCAGGAAUAUGUUACCACAGAAACGCAGGCAUGCGCAUUGGACGAACAGGAGUUCGACAGAUAAUCAUUCAGUUUAAGUGGAAUAAUCCAGAAGAAUACGAGAACAUGUUCGAUUCCUCCGGAAUGGCUCUGUACUACACUAACAAUCUUCGCCGAUAUGACGUAGGAACGAAGAUUUUCUCCUCCACCCACUUCACCAUCCCCUCACCACGACCAAUUUAUGCUAUUACAUCCAGUUAUCCCAAGGAAUGUUCACAGAUGCAAAUUAAGUCUCCAAUCUACAUCACCAGAGCUUUCAACCAUAUGCAUAACUAUGGAAAGCAAGAAAGAGUAGAGUUGAUACGAGACGGUCGUGUUGUUAAUCUGAUCACGGACGAAAGAUUUUACGACAUACAUAAACAAAAGACUUUCUGGCACACGAGUCCAGUUCAAGUUCUUCCCGGCGAUAUACUUCGAAUCACGUGUGUUUAUGACACAAGAGAAGUGAGACAUCCGGUGCACUGGGGUCUUCUGUCAACCAAUGAGAUAUGUGCUUCUACUUUAGAAUACUAUCCUAAGGGCAACUGGAUGGGAUCCACAUGUUCUAGUUUCAAAUCCAUCCCUUUGUGUAAAUUAGAAACAACUGGUGUAGCUAACGGAUGCGAUUUUAAUGGCUUCUUUGGAGCAUUACACAAGGACCAGCGGACAGCUUCCCUUUUCCAGAACUGCACCAACAUGAAUAAAUGCACACCAGCAUGUCGAACACUCGCUCAUGCAGCUACGUCACAUCCGUGUUUGACGGGAGAUAGUAUGGAACUAUUGCGAUCCCCUCUCACAGCACCGAACAAAAAAUUGAAAACUUUCUUCAACGUACUGGAACUAUGUGGAGCGUACACGCCUCCUAAGCAAUCAAGUUCAACCAGAAGACGUAACCGGAAGAAUCGCAACAAUGACACACAAGAGUCUAUGAGUUCCGGAAUUGGAGGUUCACUUCCGGGUCAUCUUGUAAGUGGAAGUGUACACCUGGUAUUUAUACCUGGAGAGCGAUAACCUGGAGCUGGGGCUUAUUCAUAUUAUCUAACACUUUGUUUUCUCAGCGUGAGGAAUAAUGGACUUAAUUAAAAUUUAUGCAAAUAUAACCUCUUGCUUCUCAUAUUGCCUAACCCUUUCGUCAAUUCUACUCAACAAACUAGCAGUGAUGAUUUUUAUAUGCAUAUUAUACUCAUUCUUACUACCCCUUGCAGAUUGACCCUUCACAACUUAAAAGGCGAUGAGACAUUCAAUUGAGAUUCAGGAAGCAGACAAAGUUUUGGUGAACAUCGCGAUUUUGAUCAGCAUGACCCAGUUAUCCCUUUUCGUAGGUCAUCAGUGGAUCCUCUUCCAAUCUAAUUUUCCAAAAUUUCCUUAUUACUAAUCCAUGGAUAUGUUUUCAUCCAAAGUUUAUCAUCAUUAAUAUAUAUGCAGAUGGAAUUGUUGCUAAAAUAUCAAUAUUUAAAUUGUGACCUACAAUGCAAGAUUAUAACGGAUAACAUCUUUUAAAAACUAAAAAUUAAAAAAAGAACAAAAUGUCAAGAUUCCAUAACCGACGCAAAGAAAUUGCAACACUGUUUUGUUCAAAGAAAAGAAUGAAAUCGUUUUGGUCAACACAGAACUGUUGCAAAAUCAUUGUAUCCUAGACUAAAUACAACGAUUACGUAUUUAAGAAAAUAUCUACAGAAUAUCUAACUUGAAAGGAUAGCCCACGUCUCUUGUGUUUAAUGAAUUAAACGAACAUUUCGUUUUCUUCAUAUUAUUAACACUACUUGACUUUCUGCACGUAAACUCCACACACCUGGUCCUACAUCUUCACAAAACCUCGACAUCGUAAGGAGGCUGGUUCUGUUGCUGAUCUAGGCCUUGUCUUUGGAAGAAGAUUGGUUGAGUGUGGAAAAUAAUUGCUAAACAUCCAGAAUAAAUCGGUCAUAUUCUUUUAUUUCAGUAUUAUUAAUAUGUGAUAAUGUGUGUUCUUCAUACGAUUCGUGUGCUUUGAAGAGAAAAAAAAAACACCUAAAAACUUGGAAAUGUGACAUGUUUGAUUUACUGGUAAGCAAAUGUGAUUCUGUGUAUGUAGUUAUGUGAGUGUGUUGAUUGUAAGCAAUGUAUCAUGAUGUAAACAUUCCAAUUAAUUUGUUGGUUUUUUCAAAAAUAAAAUAUUUAUUACUGAUA